UAUUGGUUAGUGAGCGAUUGGAGGUUGAUUCAAUGGCUGGGAUAGUUUUAAAGCGAUGUGUGAGCUGGACUUUACUGUCAACAUCUGGUGCAAAAAGCAUCAGGAUCAGAGGGACAAACCGGAACUACUGGACAGCUUUAAGAAGGACUGCCACUGUUCUGACUAGCAGAAGAGCUGCAUUUCUCCUGGGGCUCCCGACAUUAUCCUGUCUGACUUACGAAGCUUAUCACAGAGUGCAGAGUUCAGCCGUGGUCCACGCUUUAGAAAAAGUGGAGGUGUUGGAGCAGGCUGACUACCUGUACAGCUGUGCAGAAACAGAAAAGCUGUACCAGCUGCUGCUGCAGUACAAGGACAGUGAUGAUGCGGAGUUCCUGUGGAGGCUGGCCCGGGCAUCUCGUGACCUGUCGCUCCUGCCCAACAUGGAGGCGGAGCGGAAGAAGCAGCUGACGUUUGAAGGCUUCGAGUAUGCAAAGAAGGCACUGGAGAAGGAUGACAAGUGUUUUGCGGCACACAAAUGGUACGCAGUCUGCCUCAGUGAUGUCGGAGAUUACGAGGGAGUCAAGGUGAAAAUUGGAAAUUCAUACAUCAUCAGGGAACAUCUAGAGAGAGCCAUUGAGCUCAAUCCCAAAGAUGCCACUUCGUUACAUAUUUUGGGUUACUGGUGCUUUGCUUUUGCUGAGCUGCCUUGGUAUCAACGCAAGGUGGCUGCAGUCAUUUUUUCAUCACCACCCGUGUCCACAUAUGAGGAGGCUUUGGAAUUUUUCCUGAAAGCUGAAGAAGUUGAUCCGAACUUUUACAGUAAAAACCUGCUAAUGCUCGGAAAGACCUACAUGGGCAUGAAAGACACAGAGAGAGCUCGGCUCUUUCUGACCAAAGCAAAAGACUACCCUGCUCACACACUGGAAGACAAAGAGGUCCAUAAAGAGGCUGUCGACCUGUUGAAGAAACUAGGAUGAAGAUGUUAUUACCACAGAUAUCACAACAUUUAUGACCAAAUGCCUUGAUAUUAAUUUUGUGAUAUUAUGCGGUUUAGAAAGUGGGUGAAGAUAAACAAUAGAACAGCGAUGGCAGUCCACGAAGUUCAUAGAAUUAUAUAACUUUACUCUAAAGCAACCUUAGAAACCAGGAAGACAACACUAAUAUCCAAAAUCUAAGAUGUUAUGUAGUCUUACUUCAUGAUAUGGAUAUAAUAUUCAUAUACUGUACAGCCUUAAUAACAGCUGAGUGGAACAUGAUGCAUUUGGGGACUUUUGGACAGUUAAUUAUUGCUAAUGAAUCUUCAUUUUUAAAUCUGAUUCUCUAAUAAUUAAUAACACAAAACUGUCUAAUCAUUCAGCCUCUAGUUAACUUAAAACUACAUCAUGCAACAUUUCACACUGAGGUAGUAAACAGGAUCUACGUGGGCCCUGCUAAUCUUUUCAAGCCUGAAUUUCUCCUCCACUGGCAUUUCUCUGAUAAUGUUUAAGAUAUUUUCACUUUUAAAAUUCAGAUUUGUGUUCUGAAAAUGGAAGAAAUGCAAUAAAGAGAAAUGCAGGACUGUGAGAAGUAGAUUGACAGAUAUUGUGCUUCUGGGGAAAAGUUGCAGAUUGUUAAUUACAUGCUUAGACGUGCUUUUAAGUAAUGUAAAAAAAAUGAUUCCCAAACUUAAAAUGAAUACCAACAGCUCAAGAAAUAAUAACUGCCUUCUCAUAUCACAGGAUUUUUUUUGUGUGUGUGUGUCUUGUUUUUGUAUAAGCAUUUACUGUGUUUUACGGGAAUGCCGAUUUUUUUCCAGAUCAAAAUAACAAAUAAACCUUGGCCACAAAUACAAUUUAAAUCUUAAAUCUAAUCUUAAAUUUAAUGUUUGCUGUUUUUUCACCAGCACAGGAUAAACUGAGCUGGUUUAAUGAGACAAUAAUAACCUGUUCCACAUGACAAAAGUCCUUUGUUUGCAAGGAGGUGAUUUAAUUUUUUUUUAAAAAGUGUAUUUUGGCCUGCAGCUAUAGGAUGUAAUAUCAAAGUUUGUUGGCAUUACAGUCAUAAACAUACUGACUGAACUAAAAAUAAAGUCAAACCAGCUGUAAAGAUGGUAAGAUACAUUUAUUAAAUAUGGUUCUUUCCACAGGCAAGAUCCAAUCCAAACAAAGACUAAACCAAAAGUUGUUGUAUUUUCUUUUUUUUUAAGAACUGAAAAAAAGUCUUAACAGUUUUGUUGUAAAACCUGAGCAGGAGGCCUCUCGCCCCCCCCGAUAAUCACACAACAAAAGAAAGAAAGCAUGGUCAUGAAGGGGGUUUAUUCACUUAUUUAUUUGUAUCUCAUAAAUCCAUCUCUCUUCAUUAAAAUGGGUGAAAGCAGAUUAAAAAUGAAUCUUCUAUACACAUCGUCUCCAGUAAAGGGGCAUUCUGUACAGUGUAGUUGGUGUUUACAGUGUGUAUCUACACGCGAUAUGUUACAGUUUAGAUGCGUUUCAGACGGCCUAAACCGCAGUCGGCACUCUGAUGAUCUCCCUGCUGCGUGAUCACAAACUGAAAUGAUGCACAGUAUCAUGACUCAGCGUUGAGAGUACACACCUGUCCAGGUGUUACUUCAUCUGAUUGCUGGCUACAGUGAAGGCGACCUGAAACAUCCCAUUCAUUUCUGAUAAGAACAAAGGCAUCACAGAUUUCCAUCAAUGGAGCGGCGGCUCUGUGUAAUUAAUUAUAAUAUUUAAGUACUUUAUUUACUUUCAUUAUCUUUAUACAAUGAAUAUUCACAUACACAGUCGAUUUUCCUUGAUUACAGGUUUCUGUUCAAAAGGAAGCACAGAGUUAUUUUGACUUCUCUUAAGUCGGCUCCUUUUGCUACAGUAAAUGUUUUUCUUCAUAUUGUCGUCCCUCCUCUCAGCAUUUCCACAGGGACAGCUGAAUACAUGUUAUAUACAUGACUGAUAAUUUGAGUAAUCGCAAGCUCCUCCUGGUAAAAGUCUAAAGCAGCUCGCUGCAGUUUGCAGUGGUCUGAAAAACACAAUGCCAGAGAAAACGAGGAGGAUGGCCUGACACUGCUGCGUUCAGACCACCGACUCAAAGAAUAAGCACCAGAGUUUAGAAACGAUGUUAGACAGACGUUUUUGAAAAAACAAAACAAAACAAAGGACGUGUCCCCUGAAGAGCUGAAGGAAAGAAAGGACAAGUGGGGGUGCAAAACAAAAACACACAACAUAUAGCACUGCAAUGCUGCAUCAGCCUGUGGAAGCUUUCCACACAUUAUUUGGUCUGUGGCACUUUAGUGUCUCAUUAACUUAUAAAAUCAUAAAGUUGAAUAAUCAUUAUCUGUAUGAGAAAGGCUUGUUUUUUUCCUGCAACUUCACUGAUGCACUUACACAGCUUUACUAAACUAAGGCUAUCUGAGCUCAGAACAGAAGCUGUGAAUGAGACUGGACAUGAGUUGGAUGAAUUUAAAUGGUAUGAUGUUUGACAGAGGGCUCAGCUCUGUGGCUGGAAGGUCAAUUCAUGUAGCUUAACUGCAGUCACGCUGUCGACUGCACAGCCACAUAACAGAUCCACACUGCAUGAGACAGAAAUGUUACUUUUUAAUAAUACCAUGCAGGUUUAUGACACUGCCAAUACCUUGUAUUUGACCGAUCAGCCCCUCAAAACAUGUUUAACUCUUAUGUUAUUUUACUUGGUUGGUUUCCACAGCCUGCGUGUAAUAUUUUUAUAUGCUUCUAAGUCAGUCAAAACAUGUAAUUUGAUACCUUUUUUUGUCCAUGAACACUGAUCAACAUGUGUGGAGCUCUCAAGAACAUUUGUUGCCAUGAUAAUGACUUUUUGUUCUUUUUUUUGUUUAACACAAUGCCACAAUUUUUUUCCAGCAUUUGCUUCAGUUGCUUAAAAUAAUGGUUGGUAAUAAGUGAGAGGCUGAAAAAAAGUUUCUUUCAGUACAUGUACUCAUGUACAGUUAUAUGAAUGAGGUGUCAUUUGGACUUAGUUACAACACAAAAUGGCCACAUAGAUUUUUUUUAUGAUUAAAAUGUGAGCUUUUUUAAUGUGUCUUGUUACAGUGAUAACGUUUAUGGCUUUAUGCGCAGAAGAGGCAGUCGUCUAUUGUGAUACCUAUAACUGAGGGAUAAUGUGCUCGUUGUGAUAUCAAAAGGGCUUUUUGAAGUGUGUUGCUCUGUGGCUUCACAGAUGCUUUACAGCCCCAGAUCAAAAUUCAAAAGAGGAGAAUCAGCAAGCACACAUGACCCAGCCAGGGUCCGUCAUUUGUCUCUUCUGUUGUGACAUUUUUUCCCGAACAACUCCAUUUUUAAAUGAAAACGGUAAAUGUGUCAUCUUGGUGUGUAUUAUAUUUUGCCAGCUGAAGCAGUGAGUUGCAGUCUUGUUGGUCUGGAACAUUUCCAGUGUCCAUGGCUUCAACUUCACCACUAUGACCCGCAGCUCC